AUGUGGCCGGCUAUCUCGCUCAUCCUCUUCUUGCCGGCGGCAGCCCUCGCAGCAGUCGAGUUUGCCGCCUCGGGAUACGCAUCGUUGACGCAUUACGAUCUACCUCUUAACUAUGUUGCCUCGUGCGGAUGCGUAGCUCGAUCCACCUACUACCCGACCGCUGCACUCAAUCGAUACGCCUAUGGUUCCAAUACCUCAUUCGGCCCUGCCUGCGGAACUUGCUUCCAAGUUCGGCUUGUCUCAACACCUCUGGCUGCUCCACCCCCUCCGCCUGGCUCCAACGGUCCAUACGGUGAUGGAAUCUAUUUCAAUGCGUCUCAAGUCACUUCUGGCUCUACACCCAGUCUUGUCGUCAAGAUCAUCGAUCUUUGCCCUGGAGCAGGUGGUCCAUGGUGCAACGCAACACGUUUGGACAACGGAUCAGUGGCCGGAAACAGCCUAGGAUUCGACGUUCACUUUGAUCUAGCCUGGCCUUCGAGAGGAAUCGCAAACAACUUUUUCCCAGGCGAUCACGAUUACGGCGCCUGGAAUGUUAGCUAUGCUGCUGUCUCGUGUGAACGCUGGGCUGGCUGGAAAGAUAAAGCUGCGUUAGGAUCGGAUUGGGCUCAAGAGUCGUCCGCUUGCUGUGCAAACAACCCAGCACCCAGCGGCGGAGAUGCCAGCUGUCCGGCUUACUAUAAUACUCUAGGACCUGACGGCGUUGUUCCACCGAAUACGAGCAACAUCCUGUCCAAAAUCAAGGGUGCGUCAAAUGCGGCUGCCAGCCUCUCACUACGACAAGAAACGUCCGCACAUGUCGCUGCACUUGGCUUGGUAUCACUGGCAACAGUGGCCGCCCUAUCGCUCGCCACGGGCUCUGUGUUCUAG